GUUUUGACAUUUAUUCCGCGUGUAAGUGUUGUUCAAUCAGUUAAGCUUCAUAUCGACAUCGGCUCCGGUCUCGUAAAACAUGCAGUUCACGAAUCGAUUGAGAAUUCUAGCGUUUAACAUUGUCACUGGAACCGUGAAUAGUGCUCGACAUGUGCAUAAUGGAAACACUAUAUUGCAACGCAUAUCGCUACCUCUAAGGCAUCCUCGCGGCAAUUCUAGAACAACUUCACAUCUUGAUGUUCACAUGCAGCCAGAACGAAAUGGGGGUGGGGCGAUAGGGCAGGAGAGAGAGCGGGUGAGUGAUGUAAACAGAGCGGAAUUCUCUGCGAAUCGAGGGCGAUCCGAUGAAGCUGAGCUGGAAGAAAUAGAAAAUAAUCUGUUUGAUAAUCGGCAGUCGAAAGAUGAUUUGCACCUGGGCGAGAUUAUGAAGAAGUAUAAAAACGAUUUCCGUCGAGAGGAAAUCAACCGAAGCCAAAGUAAACCAAAGAAGUCUUCCAAACCGAUUCGCCUGGGGGAAAUGGAUUUGGAGACCAUGCAUACGCUGAAACCGUACAAAAGGAAGGAAAAGUCUUUGGAGAUCACUGAUAAGCACAGUGGUAUCAAAUACCUCAAACUGCUUAAAAAUGAUCCCAUGUUUGGAGAUAUGCAGUUGCUUAUGACUUCUCGAAAACGAAGAGAGCUGAAAAGCAAACUUGUUGUGGAAGGGAAACGGCUGAUAAACGAUGCAAUUGAUGCUGGACUAUUGUUGGAAACGGUCAUCUUCUCCGAAUCAUGCCAUUUGGAUGACAUACGUGCAGAACUGGCGACCCCUAAAUUGAUUCAACUGCCAAACCAUGUGCUGCAAGAAUGGUCGGACCUUGUCACUAGUCCUGGUGUAAUUGGCAUUUUCCAAAAACCCUCUGACAUGAGCAAGAUCGUUAUACGAAACCGAACAGCAGAGUCCCUUCCAAUUACUGUCGUUUGUGAUAAUGUACGGGAACCGAACAACUUGGGAAGCAUUCUUCGAAGCUGCGCAUCGAUUCCCGUAGAUCGUGUGAUACUGUUGAAGGGUUGCACGCAUCCAUGGGACCCAAAGUGUCUGCGAGGGGGCGCUGGAGCUCAUUUUCGAACCAGCAUCGUCGGCCCGGUGGUGAUGGACGAACUGGCGGAGCUUCUUCCCUCCAACCCGACCUUCCUGGUGGCGGAUAAUAGAAGCGAACGAGACGAAGAAUCGUUUGUGUUGAGCCGUUAUGAUAAAGCCAAUUAUUUUGACAUGGAACACAUGGUGCUGGUUAUUGGUGGUGAAACACACGGGGUUAGCAGUGAUGUGCGAAGAUACAUUAGACAGCUGCAGGAGGAUUCCAACGUCGGAAAAAGCCUCUAUCUGGUCCACAUUCCACUGGAGAAUGGUGUUGAAAGUUUGAAUACCGCAUCGGCAAUUUCGGUCAUUCUUUGCGAAAUACGAAGACAAUUAAAUCCAAAGGAAUGAAAUCUGGUCUGUUAGCUUGUUGUAUAAUAUAUGUAGUUUAAUUAAGAAAAUCUCUAAA